AGUCGCCAGUCGGUAUACGGAUUGGUUGGAUUUUGGAUUGCUCCUAGACGGCAGAUACUAUCGAGUAUCGACUGACGGGCUUCUCAUUUUGAAUUUCCAAAGUUCCAAGUUCUGACGAUCCAAGCGCCGUUGGCGCCGACGCGUCAGGCUCAUCUCAUCUUAUUAUUAUUUACAAUUUGUGUGAUUUUCCAAAUGUUUUUCAAUCGAACAUUGCCUGUUCACACUAUGGCUGUUAUUUGUAACAAGCCACUCGCCUUUAGCUCAUUUAUUUCAUCGACUUGACAUUCCGAUCAGUCCGUGGCUCAAACACUUAUUAGUUAUUACUAUACUAUAACGCGUGUGAUUUCAAAAAUCGAGUUUAAUUUCGUUGCAAGAUCACUUGGCCAAACGAUUUAUUCUAGUCCGCACUAGUAAAUUUAUGUGGACGUAUUGUUCCAUUCUGUCGAUGAUACUUGGUGUGGUUUGCAGACCCAUUGCCUCUACUCAUUAAUGCUUGUCGUCUGGUUCGUUUUAAGUUUGAUACAUCUAAAAAUUUAAAAUGGAUGUCCUCAGUUGUCCAUGUAUGCGUAGUGAAAACCCUAAAGACCGUGUAUGUUUUUCUAAUGAUAGUGAUAAGCGUACUAUAUUUACAUUAAGUAAAUUGGCGUAUUAUGCUUGUAUUGACAUCAAAAGAAAAGAGUACAACAGAAUUAAGAAUGCACCAGAAGUCGACAUACAAAACUGUUGUCGCCAAAUAUUUUAUAGCAUUAAAACAAACUCAUUUUUGCCAUAUGAUCCAAAUCACUCAGUUAAUCUCCAUGUGUAUCAUGAAAGCGAAAAGGUGGCAUGUUUUGAAGCUGCGAGAGUUGGACAUAUGGACUGUUUAAAAUUUGCUCAUGAAAAUGGAUUUCAGUGGAACUAUAGAACAUGCAAAAGAGCUGCGAAUAAUGGACAUCUCGAUUGUUUAAAAUAUGCUCAUGAGCACGGAUGUCCAUAUGGCAAUAACGUUUUAAGACAUGCUGCUAAAAGUGGACAGUUAGAGUGUAUGAAGUACUUAUAUGAAACUGGAUGUAAAUUAUCAAUACUUGCAUGCUCUGCUGCAGCGGAAAGUGGUUUUCUACAAUGUUUAAAGUAUGCUCAUGAAAUUGGAUGUCCGUGGGGAGUAAAGACAUGUACUAAAGCUGCAGCUGGUGGUUACUAUGAUUGUUUAAAAUAUGCACACAAGAACGGAAGUGUCUUAACCCCGAAAACAUGUGCGGCCGCAGCAUAUGGUGGAUAUUUGAAAUGUUUAAAAUAUGCACAUAGAAAUAGAUGCAGAUGGGACGAAGAAACAUCAAAUAAUGCUGCACUUGGAGGACAUUUUAAAUGUCUAGUAUAUGCACAAAAACAUGGAUGUCCAUUGGGAUUAAAUAUUUUGGAAAAGGCUGCAAAAGGAGGAAACGUGGAUUGCAUGAAAUACUUGUAUAAAUUAGGAUGUCAAAUAGGAAGAUUAACCUGUGCUAUUCCUGCAAAAUAUGGAAACUUGGAAUGUUUAAGAUAUUGCCGUAAAAUUGGAUGCGAAUGGGGAAGAAAUGUGUGCACCAAAGCUGCAGCUGGUGGUCAUUUAUCAUGUCUUAUCUAUGCCCAUAAACAUGGUUGUAUUAUGACUUGUUCUACUUGUACAGCUGCUGCGAGAGAUGAACAUUUAGAAUGUUUAGAGUAUUGCCGUAAAUAUGUAGAUUGGUGAAAGUUAAAUAAAGUAUAAAUUAAUACUUUAAAAUGUUGAUUUGAAAAUGUGUUACUUGCUUAAGAAAUUAUAAUGAG